AUGUCUGACUCCGAAGAUUAUCCACCUUUCCCACCACCAGGUCCGCCAUUCAUUGCAGCCAGCUUCCCCCGGGUUACUGACGACGGAGACACAAAUGGCUAUGUUUUUAAUCACGUGGCCCUUCAAAUUAGCUCGCCAGCCUCAUCGUUCUCGUUCUAUGUUGACUUUUUGGGCAUGAGUCUGAUCUUCGCGCUCAAUGCUGGACCCCUGACGGCGUAUUAUCUGGGGUACCGGGAUGCAGAGCACGAUGCAGUCCCUUCAGACAUGGCUCGGGCGUCUGGGGGGCGUUCGGGACUCUUGGAACUCAUCUUUGCGAACGACGAGAAUGCCACACAGGACGAUUUGACGCUGAAUGGGACAGAGAAGUCCCGUUCCAGCGAUGGGAGCAGAAAGUCAGGUCGAAGGACCGGAUUCGCCCAUUUCGGCUUUCGGGUACCCGAUGUCGCGCAAACGUUGAAGCGGGCCGAGGAAAAGGGCUGGAAGGUGAUGAAGCCUUUAGACAAGGUGGAUGUUCAGUUCAUGCCACUUCCUGGAUGGGAGCAUGAAUCCGAGGGCAAACAGAGGAAAUGGGAGGGUGGAUUUGAGAAGGUGUUUGGACAGGUCGCCUUUGUGCAGGAUCCUGAUGGGUGA